GGACGAUCGACAUGUGACAGAACAUGAGCUGCUCUCUCUCUCUCUCUCUGGCUGCUGCUUCUAUAUUUAACCCGCAGGCCGACUCGCGCUCACACACUCGACAUAACUGAGGCCGCUGCCAGACGACCAGCAGGAUGGAGGACGAGACUCCAUCCCGGCGCUCUGUGGCCGAACUGGCAGGACGAUUCAAAAGCUCGGCUCCUCCACCCGAUGCUGCCGGACAUGAAACGGAGAAGCCGGUCAGACGCAGACCCCCUCGCACCUUACAGCUCGCCAAAACACCUGGAGACGACCAGGAGCAGCCUCCAGGUGUCACCUCUCCUCUACCUGCCAAAGCCAAGAGGAACUCUGCCCUGAUUGAAAAGCUUCAGACCAACCUCGCUCUCUCUCCCUCAGCCCUGCUGCCCUCUCCAAAGAGUCCGGGCUUCAGGCUGCUGCCUCCCGCCUACCCCCCACCCUCCCCCACCUCUGCCCAGGCUACCACAGUAACCACCUUGUCCACAGCGUCCCCCACCAGUCCUGUUGCUGCCUCUCCAUUAACAGAAGAGGAAAGUCCCUCUUCCUUUGACAUUCCUCCCGCUGUGGGCGAGGGGUCCAUCCUGUCAAACGACAACAUCAAGGGCAGAGCUCGGCACUCCAUACGCCGACGUCCUCCGUCCCGUCGCCACAAAAAGUCCAGCAGCGGAGAGGAUCUCGACAACACCAACGACGGAGGAGAAGGAGGAGGCGAGAAGGAGGAGGAAGGAGACGUUUUCAAACAGGAAGGUCAAACAGACAAGGAGAAGGAGGACAAAGUGGGUGAUUUGACGUCCCCUGAGAGAAAUGAAUCCCACAAAGAAGAUCACCCAGACAUCAUCGCCAAGCCCAGAGAGGAAGACGAGGAGGAGGGAGAGAACCGAUCCACAGGUGGAAGGGAGGGAGAUGAGUCUUCACCAGGAAGAAAGGAGGAGGAGGAGGAAGCUCAGGAGAAAAAUACAGAGAAACAGGAAGAAGAUUUGACAGACAGCAAAGAAGAAGAAAAGACUGAGGUGACUCCUACAUGUCCAACAUAAAGGCCUAAAGACAUCCUUUAUUAAACCCAACUGCAGCACCAACACCUUCAUUUACAAUUUUCACUUUUAUAUUUGAUGACAUGUUAAUAAAACCCCUUUCUGUUUUCUGA